AUGAGCACGUAUGGGACCCUGCUGAAGGUCACUUCGUUCGGAGAGAGCCACGGAAAAGCAAUCGGGUGCGUCAUAGAUGGGUUUCUGCCAAACAUAGAAAUAAAUUUCGACUUAAUACAAAAACAGCUAAAUAGGAGAAGACCAAAUCAGUCCAAGCUAACGAGUAACCGAAAUGAACAGGACAAAUUAAUUGUCCUUUCCGGUUUUGAUGAGAAUAAAACGCUGGGAACUCCAAUCACUUUUUUAAUUAACAAUGAAGAUGUGAAAAAGGAAAAUUAUUCCUCCUUCAUAGACAUUCCGAGACCGGGGCAUGGAGAUUACACAUAUUUUAAAAAAUAUAAUGUUAAAAAUAAAAGUGGAAGUAGUCGUUUUUCUGGGAGAGAAACAGCUACCCGUGUGGCAGCAGGUGCUUGCAUAGAGCAAUGGUUAAAAAAUUUUUACCAUUGUACCAUCGUUUGUUAUGUCCAUUCUGUAGGGCAUAUAAGAUUACCUGAGGAGAUCAUCAGAAAAUUCGAACGCAACCCGCCUUCGAGAGAUUUUGUCGACAUGCAUGGGGCUGUCAAGUACGACCAGAGGAGAGGUACAUUCAGCGACUUCUUCGGUAAUGUGUACAACGCUGAUGGGGAGUUCCUGCGGGGGGGAGGAUUUACCUGUGGAGGAGGAGUUACCUGUGGGGGAGUCGCUCCCACUGGCGAAGCCAUUCCCAUCGAUGGUGCUCUCGCAAACGCGCAUGAACUCUUGAGCAACCCAGACGAAUGCACCCUGCUGCAAACGAGGUGCCCGCACCCAUUUACGGCAGUCCAAAUAUGUUCGUACAUUUUAAAAUUAAAAGAAGCGGGGGACAGCGUAGGGGGAGUAGCCACGUGCAUUGUACAUAACGUGCCAAUAGGCAUUGGAGAACCCAUCUUUGAAAAAAUGGAGGCAGAAUUGGGCAAAAUUAUUCUUUCCAUACCAGCAGUGAAGGGCAUCGAAUUUGGUAGUGGAUUCGACGGCACGUACAUGCUCGGGUCGGAUCAUAACGAUUUGUUCAGCACGUUGGAUGAAUCAGAGGAGAGGCCUUAUCAAAGGGGGUGGACUGUCAUCGAUGAGCUUGACAGCAAAAGAGGAGAAAUGACGCCAAGGGGGGGUCAUGCAGAGGAGAGCACCUUUUACGAAAAAGAUGACCCCCAUCGGUCGCAUCAUCCCUCAAAUGGAUCCUAUCCCCUCAUCAACGAAUCGAGGCGAAAAACUUAUCAUCAUAGUAGCGAAAAACUAUUAGUCACAACGACUAACAACUGCGGAGGCAUCCUAGCAGGAAUUACAACAGGAAAUAAUAUUGUCUUCAGAUCGGCCAUAAAGCCAAUAUCGUCCAUACAGAUAGAAAAGGAGACGUGUAAUUUUUUUGGACAAAAGUGCAAACUGAAAGUAAGAGGAAUGCAUGACUGCUGCAUUUUGCCGAGACUUCCCCCCAUUAUUGAAGCCUCCACUAGUAUUGUAAUCGGAGAUAUGAUACUUCGACAAGUGGCUAAGUAUGGCCAUAGAGAGCUUCCUUUUGUGGGCUACCUCUCCCGUUCGAGGAACGAGUAA